GACCUCGUGAGGCUGGCAUGCAGGAUGGCAGGACAGCCCAGCCACAUGCCCCAUGGAGGGAGUCUGAACAAUCUCUGCCAUGCACUGGGGCCUUCACCCCCUCCAGACCCACAGAGGCACCCCAACACCCUGUCUUUUCGCUGCUCACUGGCGGACUUCCAGAUUGAGAAGAAGAUUGGCCGAGGACAGUUCAGUGAGGUUUACAAGGCCACCUGCCUGCUGGACAGGAAGAUCGUGGCUCUGAAGAAGGUACAGAUCUUUGAGAUGAUGGAUGCCAAAGCCAGGCAGGACUGUGUCAAGGAAAUUGGUCUGCUAAAGCAACUGAACCAUCCGAACAUCAUCAAGUAUCUGGACUCUUUCAUCGAAGACAACGAGCUGAACAUUGUGCUGGAAUUGGCUGACGCAGGUGACCUCUCCCAGAUGAUCAAGUACUUCAAGAAGCAGAAGCGACUUAUCCCUGAGAGGACCGUGUGGAAGUACUUUGUGCAGCUGUGCAGCGCUGUGGAGCACAUGCAUUCCCGGCGUGUGAUGCACCGAGACAUCAAGCCCGCCAACGUGUUCAUCACAGCUACAGGCAUUGUGAAACUUGGCGACCUUGGCCUGGGCCGCUUCUUCAGCUCGGAGACCACUGCAGCCCACUCACUAGUGGGAACACCAUACUACAUGUCACCAGAGAGGAUCCAUGAGAAUGGCUACAACUUCAAGUCAGACAUCUGGUCCCUCGGCUGUCUGUUGUAUGAGAAGCUGCUUCCUGUCCCUGUGGAGUCACAAGUGUCUCUAAACAUAAACAGUCUGGUUGAGAGGAGAGCCGUCUGCAUCCCCUAGGGCCAGCGGAAGGGUGGAGGAUGACAGCUGGCUCCCUCUGCUCCUGUCCCCUGCCCAAGUCUUUGUUACCACUCCUCAGAGGCAGAGGCAGCCCAGUCUUGGUGUGCACCAAACCCAGGCAUGGCUUUUGAUGGGUUCCCAGCCAAGCAGGCUGUUCUAAAUCCUGACUUGGUGCCUAAACACAUACUCAACGAGGUGGCUUCCAGCAUGGUGGCAGGACUCUGUUCAGCCAUCUGAUUAGUUGUUGGCAGUGUAGUGCUGCAUGCCUUGUAGCCAUGCAGAAGGCAGUGGGAAGCUAAAUAAAUCAAUCAGUUCCUCUAAGGCUGUUCGCCCACAAGGACAGAAUGGAAGGCCAUGGCCACGCAUUGACUGCCUUGAUGGUGAGCCCUCAACAGUGACAGUAGACGCUGCUGAAGCUACACGGCUCUGCACCCCUGCAGUGCACGGGGAAAGAAGUGUUUAUUUUCCCAGCAGAUAAGGAGGGGCCUCAUCUGGGCCCGGGGCUGGGUAAUUGGCAAGAGAUGUCCUGUAGUCAUGGCUGCCACCUCCCAGAGGCCACCUGUGGUGUCCUCCCAUGGUGUCAGGGUUAAGAGUUGGGACAAAUUCCAUCCUCCCACUCACUUAGACCACUGAGGAUUCUCACGGUCCCCAGAGAACACAUGCCAUGUCAGCAUGACCUGGGGCUCAAAGUGAGCAAGGCCAGAAACAGCCCCCUAGACAUCCUUUGUUGACUCUAAGCACUGGCUGAGGUUUAGCAGCUGAGGUCAGUUCUCCUGUGGAGGAAGGGAAGUGAGCACAAAGCUGAAGGCUCACUUGGUGCCAGCCUCUGGCAGGAGGACCUCAAAGGCCCCACCUAGGACACAGACCCAGCAAGACCAUGGGCUGGAAAAAGCUGCUUUCGAAUUCUGGCUUGACCAGUGGAAUGGUCUGGAAAGCCUCUCUCAAAGAACCAGGUCACAUGUCCCCUCUGGCUCACCCUUCACUCCAGGCAGUGCUUGGGAGAAGCCUGUGGCAGAUAACAUGAGCAUCUGGGGCCCUUAAGUCUCGUCUCCGUCUCCCUCCACAUCCUAGGUUCUUUGAGACACACACACACACACACACACACACCUUACCAUUACUGGGUUGUGUCACAUCCAAAGCCCCGGGGAGGGCAAGUCAGGCAUGUGACUCACUGUGAAGAGAGCAUGACUCUGGUGGUCUGGAAGUAGCCAGUAUCUGUGUCCCCAACAGCAAGUCCUUUGCUCCAGUCUGCGAGGAGCCGGCUGGCUACUGGUCUGAGUACAUCUUGCCAUCCUGGGUAAUUGCUAUAACCCCCACAUCGCCAGCAGGCCCUCAAGUUCCUUUACAGCCUUAUCACGGUCUAUCAGAAUGGCGGGUCCAGGGCCUCACUGGGUGCUAAGUAGUUCAGACAUGGCUUCUGAGAGAAGCUGCAGUUGAGGCUGGAGAUGCCCUGGUGGCAGGAAAGCUCCCUUGCAGAGCCUGUGCAGAGGUACUUUCUGGAGUGGUGAGGGGAAGAUGCUGGGGUGGAGAAGGAACAGAUAAUGGCCACCCCUUUCUCCAAUUUUCUGGGCCAUUUGAACUUCCAAAGGGCCAGGUUUGUGAAAAUCCCAUCAGAUUGGCCUGUUGAAGGGCAGUCGGUCUCUCCAGUGGAAGGGUGGAGGAUGACAGCUGGCUCCCUCUGCUCCUGUCCCCUGCCCAAGUCUUUGUUACCUCUCCUCAGAGGCAGAGGCAGAGGCAGCCCAGUCUUGGUGUGCACCAAACCCAGGCAUGGCUUUUGAUGGGUUCCCAGUCAAGCAGGCUGUUCUAAACCCUGACUUAGUGCCUAAACACAUAAGAAUCACUGGGUCAGCAUUAGCGGGACUGACACCCAACACCUUGCCUACCCACAAGCCAGGACACUCAUCUGGAUCCUACAGCAGUGACUCUGAGGGCUACCGAGGAGCCUCAGUUGCUCUACUGUGGCAGCAGAUGUCCUUCUGAAGUCCCAGUAAUCGCUGGCACCAGGCUCCCGUUUCCAUUUUUGAAGGCACAUCGCCCAUUUUGCAGGCCUUGUGGCAAAACCAGCUCCUGGGUGUGGGUGAGGCCUCUGUAUACUUGCCACUCCCUGCCUGCCUGGUACAGAGGUCACUGCAGCCUCACUGUGAAGUGGGGCUCAUGGGCCAGUUGUGUUCCCUCCACCAUGAGGACCCCAAGAUCAACAGUCCCACAAACCUCCAUACUUAUCUGCUUGUUUUGCCUAGCCCAGGUUAAGAUUCCUGCAUCAAACCCUAAACCAAGGUCCCCUACUUUUGAAGCCAUCUGUGGACCCACUGGCCCUUUCUGAAGAUGGCGAGCUGUUCUUGGAACCAGGCUGUGAGCAGAGGGUGGGGGCAAACCUGACAGUCACACACCUUCCCUGGGUUCCCUCCUGACCUAACCUGGAACUUUGACCCAGUCCCCAGAGGACUCCUAAGGUAUGCCGGAACUCUGCAGCGGGACCUGGACUGGGUGGGGCCUGAUUACCUUACCCAGUGAAUGACCCUUCACUAGCAGGAAGGUCUAGGCUGUCUUUUGGCAGAAGGCAACAUGAAAUGAGAGGAAGCACUUGAACGCCAUUAUGGAUUUAUCAGCAGAUAGGGCCCUCAGGUGCCAGGCUAGCAUCUCUGAGGCUUUCCCCAGGUGUCUGAAGGCCUCAAACAGGUGGGUGGGGAAUCUGGCUACUUCAGGAAGAGUGAGGCAUGAACCUUCUCUCCUGGGUGAGAACACAGCAGGGCCACUGUCCAGCAGUCCUGUCAUUCCCCAGUGCCCAUCUGCCUGCCUCUCUUCAAGGUGCCCAGGGCGGUGUCUGAACCUUGCCACACCAUGUAGGUUGGGGCUUCCAACUUAGUGGGGCCAGACAGCCAACUGCAGAGCCCAGUGUCUCUCCACCCUGGAGUGUCCCUGAGGGAAAGGGCACUAGCCUGCAGACAGCAGUGAAGGAAGUGAUUCCAGCUCCCCCUCCCCACAUCUGUCCCAAGAGCAUUAGCCCUUCAUGCAUGACCUUUCAUUGAAGGUAUCUUUCAGGCAGACAUGUUCCCACCACUCUUUAGAUAUGUCAGUCCGAGUCAGGUAUUACCAUACCUGACUUGCCUGUAACCCAAGUACCCAAGAGUAUGAGGCAGGAGGAUUUCCAUAAAUCCAAGUCAGCCUGAACAGAAAUGGGCAAGGAAGGAGCUUAGCUGUAAAGUACUUGCCUUAUGUGCAUAAAGAUUCAGCACUCUGCAAAAGCUGUGUGCUGGGCAUGUGUACCGGGGAGGUGGGGACGGGCUGAUCUCUGAGAUAGCUUGGCAUACCACUCAUUGACAAGUGUCAUGUCAAACGCCGUCUUAAAGAAAAGGUAACACCAGAAGCUGACUGUCCCCUGCACCACACACACACACACAAAGAAAGACAAUAAUGAGAACCUGUUGGGCCCAUACACAGCCUAGGGGGCAGAGUCUCCAUUCUUGUCAAUCAGUCCUUGGGAGAAGGGAAACUAGUGAGCUGGGGGACAUGACCUCAGGACUCAACAGCACUUCCUUAUUGCAAUCCCAGCUCCUUAGGCUGCAGGGAGAAGCCCACAGGACACUCACUGCACUGGGGACCAACCAGUGGUCCCUCUGGCUUCUAAAAUCCUUUAGACCUUGAGGCUGAUGGUUGAUCGUCUAUAUCCCUUCC